GAAGUAUUCGUCACGCGCGCUCCUUGGAUAGGGUUGUCUUUCGCUCGUCUCUCAGCUUUUGGAUUCUUACACAUCGAAAAACUCCCACUUGGAAUACUCAGUCUAUAAAAAAUCGAACGUUUGCAGCACUCCUAUUCCUGUACACACUCCAUCGCUGCGUAUUCGUCAACUCACUUCUCAACAGUUGAAAAUUGGCAAUAUUAUAUCUUUGAACCGACCAAUCUGCCUCCUGUCAGUGGUUCUUGGGUGUUUAAACUGCCAAACUGCCUUAGCUCUCGUUUCUCUUCGGAGGUCAUUCCCAGGAUACAUCUUUCUUGGUUUUACAUACACAUCUGGAGACUACGGAUAAACUCGUUAAUCAAGAGCAGAGGAGCAAGUAACAAGUGUCUGAAGAAACGGACUCUUUCCUGUCUUAAUGUUUUGAGAAAAUGACUGACUCUUUGACUAACGAUAUUACCCGACCUAUGAUCUGUGGUUUGUGCACGCAUAAGUCUAUGUAUGUUUGCCCUCGUUGUGGAAUCAACUACUGUUCGUUAAACUGUUAUCGUAAUGAAAAGCACAAAAACUGUUCGGAAUCAUUUUAUCGGGACUGUUGUAUUGAAUCUCUACGCUGUACUGUUUCCAGUCAGUCAGAAAAGUCACGUAUGAAAGAAAUACUGAAGCGAGAAUCAAAUGCAUUAUCUGAAGACUCUCACAUCAUGGACCUGAAUUCCCAAGAAAACCAUGAGGAGAUUAGUGACGAAAACGAAGACUCUGGUGAUGAUUUACAGGUUCGUUUUAAAGAUUUAAAUCUAGAUAAUGAAGAUAUAAGCGCUGAUGAAAUCUGGUCUCGAUUAACGCUAAAAGAAAAACGAGAUUUUAACCGAUUCAUCACGUCAAAUAACAUAAUCCAUUUCAUACCAACGUGGACUCCUUGGUGGUUAGAAAAGAAAUCAGUAAUAGUGGAGAUUAAUCAACAAAAUAGUCAAGUUAAUGAAUCACGUGAUCUGCCAGCCUUCAAAUCGCUAAACCAACUCUUACCAUCUGGAAUAUCACCUCAUCAUUCAGUUGGAUUCGUUUUGGCAGAUGUCUUAUUAGGAUAUACAUUUAUCAUGAGGUUUUACAAUGGUGACUGUAUGCAAUUGAUCGAUGAUGCAGGAACUCUUCUAUGUAGUAUAAUUACAUCAUUUGCCCAAUCAAAAUCUAAAACACCAUCACUAUUACCAUCAAAUAAAAGUGAUAUUGAUCCCUCAGAGUAUCAGAAGAAAACAAGAAUAAUUCGACGCAACACAAAUUCUACAAAGCAAAUAUAUAAUUCCAUAGCUGAUAUUCUUGGUGUAUUACAAUAUAAACUUAUGGAAUUAAAUCUACCUUGUCAUCCAUCAAUUAUGAUACUUUUACUUGAAGAUAUUAGUCAUUUACUAGAUAAUAUUGCCUAUUGUACUCGUGCCUUAGAAGAUACUCACAAACUAUUGGUGAAGUUUAGAAAAGUGAUACAUAAAAACUCAGCUAGCAUAACUGAUGAUAUUCAAGUAAGAGCUAGAAAUGCACAUCAUAAACUUGUUUUUCUUCGAUCUUGCCUUGAUCAAAACAAUGAAGUGGCUAGACACUGGCAACUAAUUGUUCUACCAAAACUUUGGAAUCAGAUAUCAAUUGAAUUAGUACAAAGAAUUCAUGAUAUUGAAGAUUUCACUGGUAAUACUAAUCAUCACAAUAAAUCGGCUGGUCCAAAUUGGCGUAAUAUAAUUCGAAAUGGAAAGAAUGAUGACAAGAAAUCUUAUCAUGCACUAAUUGAGUCACUUGAUGUUGACGAUUAAAUGUCAUGCUUUCUACGCAUAAUGUAAAUAAUGUUUGUAUAAAUUUCCAAAGUAUAUUUAUGGAUUUUUGUGGUUAUAAAGAUCAGUAUUACAGAGGUAAGGUUGGCAUUACGUUAGCCAUCACUGAAUUAAUCAGUGUGUACUACAUUGACAGUUUAUUAUUGUGAGGUGAAUGAGAAUUUUAAUUAAAUACAUUACUCUAUAUUGUUCAUUAGUGAUAUGGUUCGAGAUGGAUAUUCCAAUGUUCUAGUGAGAAACCGUUACCUGUGAAAGUCGGAAGUGAAGCGGAUGCCAACUGGAAGACCUUGGUUGAUAGUCGCUCUGUAUCGCGAAUUGACA